AUGAAUUCAAAUUAUAAUAUCCCAUAAAACCAUUUUAUUCAUUCUGCAUAUAAAUUUUAAGCCUGUAGAAAUUGGUACAAAAAUAUCCUUACAGCACAUAAUUUAGUUUAUCCAAUCUUCGUCCUUGAUGAGCCAGAUAUUGAAUAAGAAAUAAAAACAAUGCCUGGCAUAAAAAGAUAUGGAUAUAAAAAUAUAAUUACCCACCUCGAGCCAUUAAUAGCUAAAGGAUUAAAAUCCAUAAUAAUAUUCGGGAUUCUGACAAAUGACAGCGAUAAAGACUCAGUCGGUACAUAUGCAGGAGGAUGUGGUAAAAAAGGACCAACUCAUUUAGCCUUAGAAUAUAUAAAAUAAGCUUUUCCUGAUCUCCUUUUAAUCGUCGACGUAUGUUUAUGUGCUUUUACUUCUCAUGGUCAUUGUGGUAUCUUAAAAGAAGAUGGUCUAAUAGAUAAUGGAAAAUCUAUCCAAAGAUUAGCAGAAAUAAGUGUUUCUUAUGUAGAAAGUGGAGCAUAAGUAAUUGCUCCAAGCGAUAUGAUGGAUGGUAGAAUAGCCACUAUAAAAUACGAGUUAUUAAAAAGAGGUUUAGAAAUUCCAAUAAUGUCAUAUUCAGCGAAAUUUGCUUCUAGCUUUUACGGGCCUUUUAGGGAUGCAUGUAAAUCAGCUCCUGGAAAAUCAGAUAGACAAGCAUAUUAAUUGCCUUGUGAUAGUAUUGAAUUGGCUUUGAAGGCUGUGUAAAGGGAUUUAGAAGAAGGAGCAGAUUUUAUCAUGGUGAAACCUAUUUCUAGCUAUUUAGAUGUAGCUAGAGCAAUUAAAGAUAAAUUUAAUCCAAUUAUGGCUUGCUAUCAUGUUAGUGGGGAAUAUUCGAUGAUUUGCUUUGCGGCUGAAAGGGGGGCUUGUGAUAAAAAGAAAGUUGUUUUGGAAAAUAUGAGAUGCUUUUAGAGGGCUGGGAUUAAUAUAAUAAUUACUUAUUUUGUUCCGGAACUUUUAGAGUGGAUUAAAGAAGAUUAUUGA